UUUUUAUUUCGGUCUUUUGGGAUCCCGAUAAGGAGGUUGUUGUUGUUAUUUUUUUUUUCUAUUUUUUUUUUGUUUUUUUUUCUCUUGUUCAUUUUAUUUUCAUCAUCUAUUUCUUUAUCACCAUGCGUGAGCCUAAUUUUAGUUCUCCAGCUCAAAACAGAGCGGCUGUUGUUAUAACAUCUACGCUAUAUGAUCGACGAGCUCUAGAUUGUACAGCAACUUUGCCAUUGGUAAACUCGUUAACGCAUCUAGCCUACAUGACUUCCACCUCACCACGCAUUCGUGAAAUCCUAGCAGCGGAUGGCGGAUUAGAAAGACUUGUAAAGAUUUUGGCUACUUGUCAACAUACCGAUAAACACUCUCUUUGGAAAUGGUCUUUAGCCUUUCAAUGCGUUGUUAAUGUUGGAGUACGUGGUACUGAAAAUAUUAGGUCUCGUGUAGUGGAAGCAGGUGCAGUUCAUGUUGUACUCGCAAUUCUCGAGAAUUUUAUGAACGCACUUGAUAAAGCCAAAAUCGAAAAAGAUCAGGAAAGAAAGAAUACGACGACGGCGGCGGCGGCAGCGGCGACACUUACGAAUACAACUGCUUUAACUUUACCAACUACUAUGCCAACAACAGCUGAUUAUCUACAAUCGGCUAAAGAAACCCAACAGCAACAACAACAGCAACAGCCCAUGGAUAUGAACAACAGUUUUUCAAGCAUGAUGUUUGUUAUACCAAAGAGAAGAACUUUCAUAAAGAGAACAAUAAAACACAAAGAAAGACAGUAUACAGCUUCUUUAUCUACUAUCCCACUCUUGAAUAAUUUAUCAACAGAUGCAAUAUUACACCGCGAAGAAGAUAUCUUGCUAUCCUUACAGUUACUAGCUUAUUUAUCAAAAUACCCUCAGAUUCGUCAAGCAUUCCAUUCUAACCAUCGUCACAAUGUAUUUUCUGUUGUCGAAAAAUUCACACAUAGACUUCAUCCUGCCGCCAUCAUUUAUUGGGCUGGGGUCAUCAUGAGAAACGCAUGUAGGAAAGAUGAAGGAAGAGGCGGCGUAAGACAAUGUGCAAAUAUGCAAUGUGGUAAAUGGGAACGUUUCCCGCGCGAAUUUGCCAAAUGUCGCCGUUGUCGAAAGGCAAAAUACUGCUCAAAAGCUUGUCAGUCAAAAGCAUGGGCUGAUGGUCAUCGAUGGUGGUGUGUUGAAAGACCUCAUAAUACACAUCCACCCAACCCAACCGCUACGUCUUCCACGACAGUGGCAGCCACUGCUGCUGUCAUUGCUGCAGCCCCACCACCACCACCCCCUACAGAACAAGUGGUUCACUUAGAAGAUAACGUCGUUACGUCUGAAGUUAUGGCUAUUCCUAUUGGCAAUGGACAACAACAACAAGGGGAAGGAGGUCGCACAGAAAACAACCAUAACAGACGUUCUUCGCUUCCUACUACUUCAGCUACAACUACUGCAACUACAUCAACAACAACAACAACAAACACUGGCCCCCCUCCACCACGUGAUGGGGGUCUUUUAUUUUACCAUCAACGAAGGACUCCUCGAUCGGUUCGUAGUUUGGCCUCAGGCUCCUCUACAGAAGUUGAAGCAGAUACUGAUAACUCACAUGACCGCCCCCGAGAUUUAAUGGACGUGGAUUAAAAGGGGCGACAUAGUAAUAAUAAUGAAACUACAUGGAAAAAUAGUUUAUAGUUUAUAGUAUAUGCAAAAAAAUAAAAAAAAUAAAAAAAAAUAAUAAAAAAUUAUAUGUUUAUUUUAACGGUGAA